CGGUUUGCAGAGCCUGCCCGGGUUUUGCCAGCGAGACACCGGCGGCCGCGUCCCCCCCGCUCUGCCGACAUGAACGGCGUCGUCGUGGUCCACGGCGGCGGGGCCAGCAGCAUCUCCGCCGAGCGGAAAGAGCGGAUGCGCCAGGGCGUCGUCCGCGCGGCCGCGGCGGCCUACGGCGUCCUCAAGCAGGGCGGGAGCGCGGUGGACGCUGUGGAACGAGCGGUGACGGUCCUGGAAGACGACCCCGAGUUCAACGCAGGUUGUGGGUCUGUCUUGAAUGAAAAUGGGGAUGUUGAGAUGGAUGCUAGUAUCAUGGAUGGGAAGGACCUGUCUACAGGAGCAGUAUCUGCUGUGCGCUGUAUCGCAAAUCCCAUUAAACUUGCCCGGCUUGUCAUGGAAAAGACAUCUCACUGCUUGCUCACUGGCCAAGGUGCAGCAAAGUUUGCAGCAGACAUGGGGAUUCCAGAAGUUCCUGUGGAAACAUUGAUAACAGAGAGAAGCAAAAAGCAUCUGGAAAAAGAGAAGCGUGAGAAAGGAGCCCAGAAACCAGACUGCCCAAAAAACAUGGGAACUGUGGGUGCUGUUGCCUUGGACUGCAAAGGAAACUUGGCUUACGCAACCUCUACAGGAGGUAUUGUUAAUAAGAUGGUUGGCCGAGUUGGGGACACACCAUGUGUAGGAUCUGGAGGGUAUGCUGACAACAACAUCGGAGCCAUUUCAACAACAGGGCACGGGGAAAGCAUCCUGAAGGUGAAUCUGGCCAGGCUCACCCUCUUCCACUUAGAACAAGGGAAGACAGCAGAAGAGGCUGCUAACCUGGCAUUGAAUUACAUGAAGUCAAAGCUCAAAGGCUUAGGCGGCCUCAUCAUGAUCAGUAAAACAGGAGACUGGGUGACAAAGUGGACCUCUGCUUCCAUGCCCUGGGCAGCUGCAAAAGAUGGCAAGCUGCAGGCUGGCAUUGACCUUUGUGAAAUCAUGACGGAGGACCUGCCCUAAACUGUGAAGAUUGUAUUCUCCUCAACAGCUUGGAGACAAAGUUCAGCUGCCUGGUGGAGAGCCAUAGCUUAAACCAAUUAGAUAUAGACAUGGAAAACAUACGCAGUCUGUCCCUCAUUUUGUUGCCUUGAUGAAUAAGUCAAUGAAUGUUUGGUUGAGGGUCGGGUUCUGAGGUGAUAAGAGAAAUGCCUGUAUUCAAACUGAAAAUAAGACCAGUGAAGAUGGCAGAUUCCAAGGGAGCCUUGUUUUCACCAACUCUGUUGUAUAGAGUUAGAAAGAAGCCAACUGGAUCUUGACCCCACAGAACUGCCCCCAGGCAGGGAGUGCCUUUGGGAUUGGCAGACACGCAGUUUGCAGAAGCCUGGGAAGGUGUGGGGAAGGCCUGGAAAGGUGUUGGAGAGUGAGUCAGGAGUAGCAGCAGCAGCAGACCUAGUGAGCAAAGUCCAAGUGAGCCUCAAAAUGUGGCAGUGUUCAUUCUGAGUCACAACACCUGGCAAAAGAGUUCAUCUAUGAGAAGGAAAACUUUUUUUUUAGAAAGCUCAGAUUUUCUCGGACAUGUCUCCAGGUCCAGUGAAGGUCCCCCAGACCUCCAGUCUGGAGAUUAAUGGAGAGUAUGAGGUUUCUUAAUCUGAAGGUUUACCUGGGUCACAGGUCACAGAUAAACCACCCUCAUCUCAUGUUCUCCCAAAAGCCAGCCCCUGCUCCCACCGCUCAACCCAGACCUUCUGGUCCUCACAUGAGUUUUAACAGGGCUCCUGACCUCUCUUGACUCUCCAGUUCAAGGCAGUGUAGAUCACUGCGGAUGCAGACUGCCCAGUGCUUUGGGACAGCCCCACACACUGAAUCCGAUGCUCAGUGUGGUGACCAUGAUGAAGAAAGCAAUUACUGGAGAGUAUUCCUGUCCAUCUCUCAUUGCACUAGAAAUGAUGUUUCUGCUGUGAUGUAGCUGUUCGGGGUUUUAUUAGUGUGUCGGAGCUUAACUUUAAAUUCCAUGUGCCACUAAUAAAAAUGUAUUUUGAAAGAAUAA